AUGUCUGUUAAUGAAGGUGCAUCCGUAGGAUCGCCUAGAAAGCAGCAAUAUAGCACAUUUGGUGGUGAAGGCCGUGAAAAUGGUGCCGUAUCUAGUGAUUCUGCAACCAACACCGCUCGUACCCAUGGGCAAUCAGGUUCUUCCCCAUCAAAUUCACAAUCCUCUUCGUGGUCAAUUGUUCGAUUUUUCAGCUCUAUUUUCGGUUACCGGAAAACUACCCUUACUCUCCUCACCGCUGUGACUUUAGUGGCUACAUAUGUGUUAUUCCUCUUGGACUCAAGCUUAGACUUUACUGUAAGCCUUCCUACAUCCAAACAUGAGACUGCGGUACUUGAGUCAGCUUGGUCUGACUUACAGGAAAUUGGACGCUUUGAACACCCAUAUGCGUCUCGUGGUAAUGAUUUUGUUCAUGAUUUCUUGGAAUCUAAGAUUAGUAAACUCGUAUCCCUCGCACCUUCAUACUUUGAAUUCGAUAAUGACUUGAAUUACACCAAUAACAUUAUGUAUGGUGCAUCUGGUACUGUUCACUACUACGAGAGUAACAACAUAGUUGUUCGUAUCAAUGGUACAAACCCUAAACUUCCCGCUUUACUUGUAAGUGCUCAUUUUGACUCAGUGCCUUCUUCCUUUGGUGUCACAGAUGAUGGUAUGGGAAUUGCAUCAAUGCUUGGUCUCCUUGACCAUUAUAGUAGUUCAAAGCAACCUACUCGUACUAUUGUUUUCAAUUUCAAUAAUAAUGAAGAAUUUGGACUUUAUGGAGCCACCAGUUUCCUUUCACAUCCUUGGUCAAAGAAUGUCGCUUAUUUCUUGAACUUGGAAGGUACCGGAGCAGGAGGUAAAUGUGUUUUAUUCCGUGGGACUGAUUAUGGGGUUACUAAAUACUUCAAGCUGGUCCGUUAUCCAUUUGGUACGUCCCUCUUCCAGCAAGGCUUCAACAAUAGAUUAAUCCACUCUGAAACUGAUUACAAGAUUUAUAAAGAAGAUGGUGGGUUGAGAGGAAUUGACUUGGCCUUUUAUAAGCCAAGAGAUUUCUAUCAUACUGCUGGUGAUAGUAUUAAAAACAUUGACAUCAAUGCGUUAUGGCACAUGUUAUCGAACUCGUUAGACUAUGUGAAAAUCAUGUCUGAACCACUUGAUUUGGAUGACGAUGUACCAGUAGAUGAGGAUGUGAAGAAGCUGUUGGGAAGUAUUACUGAAGGCGAUACUUCGUACGAGUUUGCUUCAUUCGGAAGUUUUCUUAACUACUUCUUUGCUCUCCCGGUAUCCAAAUUAGUGAUUUUUAAUAUUGUCAUCUUGGUGAUUGUUCCAUUUGUAAGUAUCCCGCUUUUAGCAAUCAUCUAUUACAAAAAAAGUUGGUCUGUUACUUUUAUCAAUUUUAUCAAGGUUCCAGUUGCCUUCCAACUUUCUCUUUCUGCAGCUGACUUAAUUAGCAAGUUCCUUUUUGGAAUCAACCCAUUUUUGGCUAAUUCCAAUUACUUCCUUCUUGUCAGUACAUUAUUUUCCAUCUUGUUACUCCUUAAUUAUCUUAUUUUGAACUUGAUUAACUUGAUCUUCUAUAAUUAUAAAGUGGUCAAUCAUGAUGAAAAAUUGAUUACUAUUCUCCAAUCUUCAUUUGUUUAUUGGAUCUUACUUAUAAUUUCCAGUGUGGGUUUAUCAUUCAAUAGAAUUGGAAAAGAUCAUACUGGUGAAUAUCCAUUAACUGUUCUUUUGAUUAUUCAAUCAGUUGCUGGCUUUAUCGGCCUUUUGUCUUGGAGUUUCAAAAAAUCUAAGAGAAACUACGAUAUCAAGUUUGUGCGUGAAGAAGAACAACAACCAUUGAUUGGUUCAUCUUCAGAAAACUACGGUACUGAGCAAGAUGGAGCUGACCGUCCGGGCUCUACAUCUUCUUCGUUCUCCCUCUCUUCGUCCUUGGUAAAUGCAAGUGAAGAAGAUUUGAAAGAAAAGAAGUCUCUCAAUUAUGGCUGGUCUCUUCAAUUUCUUCUUAUUGUACCGUUAUCAUCAUUUUUAAUCUACAAUGCUGGUACUUUAAUUUUAGAUGGUUUAAACAAAUCUAUUCAAGAAUCUUUACAUUCAGAAGAAUUGAUUAAUAAAUUCAUUCAAUUGUUUGCAGUUGCUUGGGUAGUCCCAUUCCUUCCAUUUGUCUUUAAAUUUAACAAAUUCUUUGUGUUAAUAUUGGCUGUCUUUGCAGUGCAAGGAGUUUUCCGUAUUGGAACAACUGAUGCAUUUGAUGAACUGAACCCAUUGAAAUUAAGAUUUAUUCAAUCAAUUGAUUUAGAUAAGGAACUGGACUUGGUUAAUGUAUAUGGAAGAAUUGGAUCUCCAAUGGAAAACGUCUUGAAAGAUAUUCCUUCCUUGAAAGAAUCUGGUGAGCUGCUUGUCUGUAGCUCUAUCGGAGAUGGUAUGGAAGUAUGUUCGUAUAAUACCACACAGGUUCCAACACUUGUUCCUGAUGUAAAGCACUUGAAGGACUAUAUCAAUGUGGAAGUUUUGAAAAAUUCCCUGAAUGAUAAUAUUCCCUUUGGUCUUCUUACCGGGGAAAUUAAAAUUAAUGUUCCAAAAAAUAGGUUAUGCACCUUAAACUUCCAUCUCACUGAUUCAAAAGUUGAAUCAUCAAUCCUGAAGAGCUCACCAGUUAAAACAGUAAUUGUUUAUGAGGAUAAGAAAAGUAACGUUACUCAAGUGGAAAGAGGUGUUGAUCUGAGCGGAAUUCCUAAAGGAUUUUCUAAGGAUACAAAUGGAAACUACAUAUUCAAAGAUUUGGAUGGCAUUGAAACUUUGCAAUUAAACAAAUUGGAUUGGAACAAGCCAUACCAUAUUGGAUUCCAAUGGGUACCAAAUUUCAUUGAAAUGGAUGUCGAGGCAAGCGCAAAGAUUAACAAACUUGGGGUAGAAAUCCAAUGUUUUUGGGGUGAUUUGGGUAGUUCAACUGAUAAGAAUGGACAAGUUCAUGACACUAUUCCAGUAUACAAAGAAUUGAUGCAUUACAGUCCUAAUUACGUUUCUUGGGCAAACAGGGAGAAGGGGUUAGUCUCUGUCUCUAGAUCUGUUGAGAUAUAA